AUGGCAGAAGUUGCUCCAGCUCCCGCCGCCCCGACUAAGGCACCCAAGAAGAAAGCUGCAAAUAAGGCCAAGAAAGUGGGGCCCAGUGUUGGAGAAUUGAUUGUGAAGGCAAUUUCUGCUUCCAAGGAGAGGAGUGGAGUUUCACUUGCGGCCUUGAAGAAAGCUCUGGUUGCCAGCGGCUACGACGUGGAGAAAAACAACUCGCGGGUGAAGGUGGCUGUUAAGAGUCUGGUGGCCAAGGGGACCUUGGUUCAGACUAAGGGGACCGGUGCCUCUGGCUCGUUUAAGCUUAACAAGAACCACCCGCUUGAAAAGAAGCCUGCCAAGAAGGUAGCCCCUAAGAUUAAGAAGCCUGCUGCGGCUAAAAAGCCGGUAGCAAAGAAGGCUGCGGCAAAAAAGUCACCGAAGAAGCCCGCUACACCGAAGGCGAAGAAGAGCCCAAAGAAACCAAAAAAGACGGCAGUGGCGAAGAAGCCGACCAAGAGUCCUAAAAAAAUCAAGAAGGCGACAGCAGCGGCGAAGAAGGUGACCAAGAGUCCUAAGAAAACAAAGGCGACCAAGCCAAAAGUGGCCAAACCCAAAGCCAAGAAAGCUGCUCCAAGGAAGAAGUGA